AUGUCUGAUAACGGAGAACUGGAAGACAAGCCUCCGGCACCGCCUGUGAGGAUGAGCAGUACCAUCUUUAGCACUGGAGGCAAAGACCCUUUGUCAGCCAAUCACAGUUUGAAACCUUUGCCCUCUGUUCCAGAGGAAAAAAAGCCCAGAAAUAAAAUCAUCUCUAUAUUCUCAAGCACAGAGAAAGGAAGUAGGAAGAAAGAGAAGGAACGGCCAGAAAUUUCUCCUCCUUCUGAUUUUGAGCACACCAUCCAUGUUGGCUUUGAUGCUGUUACUGGAGAAUUCACUGGCAUGCCAGAACAGUGGGCUCGAUUAUUACAGACCUCCAACAUCACCAAACUAGAGCAAAAGAAGAAUCCUCAGGCUGUGCUGGAUGUCUUAAAGUUCUAUGAUUCCAACACAGUGAAGCAGAAAUAUUUGAGCUUCACUCCUCCAGAGAAAGAUGGCUUCGCUUCUGGAACACCAGCGUUGAAUACCAAGGGAUCAGAAACAUCAGCAGUAGUAACAGAGGAAGAUGAUGAUGAUGAAGAGGCUGCCCCCCCUGUCAUUGCUCCACGACCUGAUCAUACAAAAUCAAUUUAUACACGGUCUGUAAUUGACCCUAUUCCUGCACCAGUGGGUGAUACUAAUGUUGAUGGUGGUGCCAAGUCUUCUGACAAACAGAAAAAGAAGACCAAAAUGACAGAUGAAGAAAUUAUGGAGAAAUUAAGAACUAUUGUGAGCAUAGGUGACCCUAAGAAAAAGUACACAAGAUAUGAAAAAAUUGGGCAGGGGGCUUCUGGUACAGUUUUCACUGCUACAGAUGUGGCAUUGGGACAGGAGGUUGCUAUCAAACAGAUUAAUUUACAGAAACAGCCAAAGAAGGAAUUGAUCAUUAAUGAGAUUCUGGUGAUGAAAGAAUUAAAGAAUCCCAACAUAGUUAACUUCUUGGACAGUUACCUGGUGGGAGACGAAUUGUUUGUAGUGAUGGAGUACCUUGCUGGGGGAUCACUCACUGAUGUUGUAACAGAAACCUGCAUGGACGAGGCACAGAUUGCUGCUGUGUGCAGAGAGUGUUUACAGGCAUUGGAGUUUUUACAUGCUAAUCAAGUGAUCCACAGAGACAUCAAAAGUGACAAUGUGCUUUUGGGGAUGGAAGGAUCAGUUAAACUUACUGACUUUGGUUUCUGUGCCCAGAUCACUCCUGAGCAGAGCAAGCGAAGUACCAUGGUUGGCACACCAUACUGGAUGGCACCAGAGGUGGUUACACGGAAAGCUUAUGGGCCUAAGGUGGACAUAUGGUCUCUGGGUAUCAUGGCUAUUGAAAUGGUGGAAGGAGAGCCUCCGUACCUCAAUGAAAAUCCCUUGAGGGCCUUGUACCUGAUAGCCACUAAUGGAACUCCAGAACUUCAGAAUCCAGAGAAACUUUCCCCAAUAUUUCGGGAUUUCUUAAAUCGAUGUUUGGAGAUGGAUGUGGAGAAAAGGGGUUCAGCCAAAGAAUUGUUACAGCAUCCCUUCCUGAAACUGGCCAAACCAUUAUCUAGCUUGACACCAUUGAUUAUGGCAGCUAAAGAAGCAAUGAAGAGUAAUCGUUAA